AUGCUGUGCGACUUUUUUUAUCCUCAAUUAGGUGGGGUUGAGUUCCAUAUAUACCAUUUGUCCCAGAAAUUAAUAGAUUUAGGUCAUUCCGUGAUCAUUAUAACUCACGCUUAUAAGGAUCGAGUCGGCGUACGACAUCUUACAAAUGGCUUAAAGGUCUAUCACGUACCAUUUUUUGUAAUUUUUAGAGAAACUACGUUUCCUACUGUGUUUUCAACCUUCCCAAUAAUAAGAAAUAUUCUCCUAAGAGAGCAGAUCCAAAUUGUCCAUUCUCAUGGCAGUGCUUCCACCUUCGCACAUGAGGGAAUUCUUCAUGCUAAUACUAUGGGACUGAGAACUGUGUUUACCGACCAUUCACUCUACGGUUUUAAUAAUUUGACAUCAAUUUGGGUGAACAAGUUAUUGACUUUUACCUUGACAAACAUAGACAGGGUUAUAUGCGUUUCUAACACAUGCAAAGAAAACAUGAUUGUUAGAACAGAAUUAAAACCACAUAUAAUUUCCGUAAUUCCCAACGCAGUUGUGAGUGAGGAUUUCAGGCCAAGAAAUCCAAUUGAUAUUACAGACGGAAGACAGGGAAAUGGAAAGAUAGUAAUCGUGGUAAUUGGCAGGUUAUUUCCGAAUAAGGGAUCUGACUUGCUUACUCGGAUAAUUCCCAAAGUUUGCUCCUCGCAUGAAGAUGUAGAAUUUAUAGUUGCCGGCGAUGGUCCAAAAUUCAUUGACUUUCAACAAAUGAUUGAAAGUUAUAGGUUACAAAAACGUGUACAGCUCCUGGGUUCUGUCCCACACGAGAAAGUUCGGGACGUAUUAUGCCGAGGUGACAUAUAUUUGCAUGCUAGCUUAACAGAAGCAUUUGGCACAAUAUUAGUUGAAGCCGCAUCUUGCAAUUUGCUGAUUGUAACAACACAGGUUGGUGGAAUUCCUGAGGUAUUACCUAACGAGAUGACUGUUUAUGCAGAACAAACUUCCGUUUCUGACCUUGUCCAGGCAACAAAUAAAGCCAUUGAAAUUAUAAGAAGCAAGACUCUCGACACAUCUUCUUUUCAUGAUAAUGUGUCCAAAAUGUAUGACUGGAUGGAUGUUGCCAAAAGGACAGUUAACAUAUACACUGACAUAUCUUCUACUUCUUCUACAGAUGAUAAGGAUUGGAUGAAAAUGGUGGCAAAUCUUUACAAACGAAACGGAAUCUGGGCCAAACAUCUUUAUCUGUUAUGUGGUAUUGUAGAAUAUAUGCUUUUUUUUCUUUUAGAGUGGUUAUAUCCAAGAGAUGAGAUUGACCUAGCUCCAAAAUGGCCAAAGCAAACAAAAUCCAAGGAGAAAAGAGAAGCGAAAGAAACUUGA